CUUGACGAGACUAGUUUAACCUGUACAGCGAUGUCUGUAAUGUUUUGAGUGAAAUGAUCGUUGAAAUAAAUAAAUAAUAAUGGCUGACAAGUUAAGGAGAUAUGAAAAAAUUGAUUUUCUGGGAGAGGGACAGUUCGCCACGGUUUACAAGGCUAAGGACUCAGAAACCGGUCACAUCGUAGCUGUGAAAAAGAUUAAAGUGGGAAGCAGAGCUGAAGCUAGAGAUGGGAUCAAUCGCACUGCACUGAGGGAAAUUAAAUUACUCCAGGACUUGAAGCACGAAAAUAUCAUUGGAUUGUUGGAUGUGUUUGGUCACAAAUCCAACGUAUCCCUAGUAUUCGAUUUUAUGGACACUGAUCUGGAGGUGAUAAUCAAGGAUAACAGCAUCGUAUUAACAACAGCAAACAUAAAAUCGUACAUGAUCCAGACAUUACAAGGACUGGAUUACCUCCACUUCAACUGGAUACUCCACAGGGACUUGAAGCCCAACAAUCUCCUGGUGGACAGCAAGGGUGUCCUGAAGAUCGGAGAUUUUGGUCUGGCCAAGUUCUUUGGCUCACCGAAUAGGAUAAAUACUCAUCAAGUGGUGACGAGAUGGUACAGAUCACCAGAGUUGCUCUAUGGAGCGAGAUUGUAUGGCACUGGAGUCGAUAUGUGGGCUGUGGGGUGCAUUCUAGCUGAAUUAUUACUCAGGGUUCCUUUUUUGCCUGGGGAAUCUGAUCUGGAUCAGCUCACGAGAAUUUUCCAGACACUGGGAACCCCGACAGAAGAAACAUGGCGAGGAAUGAAAGAAUUACCAGAUUUCAUUCAAUUCAAGCCAUUCCCAGGCACCCCCUUAAAACACAUAUUCACAGCCGCUGGAGACGAUCUCCUCGACCUAAUAGCCAGUUUACUGAGCAUAAAUCCCCUAGACAGGUGUACCUGUGAUCAGGCCCUACAGAUGCCCUAUUUCAGCAACAAACCAGCGCCCACAAUAGGUGCGAGGUUGCCCCUACCCCAAGCAAUAAAGAAACAACCCGAGGAUAAACCCAGUCUCAAGAGGAAAUUAUUGGAAUCUGUGGAUGGGGGAAGUCUCGCCAAACGAUUGCAAUUCUGAUGCUCGAAUAAUAGAAUUGAAUUAUUCCUAUCGCGAAUUUAUGGAAUUUAUAGGACAUUACAACCCGAAUUACGACAUGUGUGAGAGGGAAAAUGAAUUGUUAGAAUUGUAAUUGUGAUUAUUUUUAUAAAUAAAAUGAUUCUCUAAACUA